AAAUUCUUUCAAAGUCUAACUAUCCAACAAUUGCUGAUUUAUGUCUUAUUAUUUCAGGUUUAUUCAAUCAUCUUAAUGCCUUUAAUAGUGACUAUCAAGAUAUGAAUGCAGUAGUAUCUAAAAUUAGAGAAAAAUUAGAUGAAUACUGGCCAAUUAUGCAAGAAGCGAAUAAGAUUGCUGCUUUUUUUGAUCUACAUUUUAAACAAAUUGUUUAUUCAGAAAAUUCAGCAAAUAAAAUUUUGGCUUCAAUCUGUGCAAAUCUACCAGUAAACUCUGAAUCUAUAGUUCAACCUCCACAUAUCUCAAAGCAUGAACUUACUCAAUAUUGGGAAAUAAUUGCUCCACCUGAAGAAACUUCUGUUUGUGAUUGGUGGAAAGCUAACCAAAUAGCUUUUCUGAAUUUAGCUACUAUGGUAAAAGACUACCUAGCUAUUAUGUCUACUAGUAUUCCAUGUGAACAACUAUUUAGUUUAGCUAGAUUAACAGUUACUAAAUUGCGAAACUCUCUUGAUAAUGAAACAGUUCGAGCUAUUUUGUGUUUAAAAUCUUGGUUUAUUGAAGACUUACUAUUCUAA